AGAAAACAUAACAGAGUAACUUUGAACGUUCACGCGUACACAACUUAACUUCUCGUCUGUUGCUCGACAUCCAUAUACACGAAGGUUGUUCAGUUCCGUUUCGGUGUGCAGUGUGUAGUAUAUAAAACUUGAACAGCUGAUAGAAAAGCAAAAAUUAUGAUAAUUUCGUGUUGUAUUUGCUGUGAAUUCCUAUUGCCGGAGAACGUUCUAUUGCACCUCAAAUGCGGUCACAUAUUCCACGAAAAUUGCUUAGCCGAAUGGAUAAAACGUUCAAAGACCUGUCCGCAGUGUCGCAAAAAAACCUGUCGACCGACGAGAAUUUAUCCGAAUUUCACAAACGCCACAUUGGAUGAAUUGAAAGACCAGUUGGUGGAUGUCGAAAAGGAACAAUUGCAGACCACAUUAGCCGCAAAGGAGGUGGACAUUGUAUUGUUGAAUGCAACGCUUAAACUGGCCACAGAGGAUCACAACCGGGAGACGCUCAGUCUACGCAAUCAAAUAAUCAUUUUCGAGGAACGCAUCAAAGAUUUACUGUUCGAAAUGAGUGCGGCUAAACUGGCGGAAAAGGAGCAUCUGGACAAAUUGGAUCAAUGUCGACGCGAACUGCGGAACGCACAAAUUGACUUAAAUGGUCGGAUGAAGUUAAUCGAAUGCUUUGAACGGGUAAAUGCUCAGCUACAGACCCGUCAGACGGAAAUUGAAGUGGAAAACAAUCGAUUGAGAGAACAGGUUCGCACACUUUUAUCAUCGGCUAGUUCAGCGAUGAAGCGAAAAGUAGCAAUGGAUGAAUUUAUGAACCAACACCAGAGCUCGAAGAAAAUCGUCAUCGAUUUGGAUGGUGAUGAUGAUGAUAACAAUGCGAGUGACGACGAUGACUGUGUUAUUGUUGUGAAUGACGGUGUGACUGAGAAGACUGAAAAUAUGGUCAAAGGAGAGAACUGAACGAUGUGCUUUGUUGUAUUAUAUUAUAAAGUGCGCAGAGGCCAUAAAGAUAAUUUCGUAAGCAUUUGUAACAGAAAGUGUUGUACAACAUUGUUGUAGACGUGUAUGCAUUGCAAGUUUUCCGAACAAAAAAAAAAUGUUUUCUGUUUUUAAUGAAUAUAAUUGAGUUGAGUUAAGCUAAGCCAUUUUUCGGAAUUGGAAUAAAAACUGAAUUUUUUCGAUACUUUUACCAAGCAACAA